AUGUUUUCCGCCAGACCCGCGCUCCACAGGCAGGAGGACGGCCCUAGAUACUGCGGGGUCACCACGCUGAAUCCCUGCAGGUGCUGCGAGUGUCCCAACUGGGAGAGGCACGGGUGCCACUGCCCCCCGAACAACAACGUCACCCAGGACGACGUCAACCAGUACCUCGCCUUUGAGCGCCGCCGCAUGGCCCGCCGCGCCCUCGACCCCGAGUGGCAGGCCAUCGACCCCAUCGAGAACGGCCGUCCGUGCAUCGACCCGGGCUGCCCGCCGCGCAGCUUCUCCCAGUGCAGCCCCAGGCCUGGCUCCCGUGCCUUCGGGGAGGGCGCACUGGGAUGCUGCGGCGAGGUCUUCGAUCCAGACCACCCCUGUUGCGAGGCCUGUGCAGAGGCGCACAAGAUUCCUACUCACGGCAAAGCGACUUCAUUUCAGGACCAUUCCUACAAAUUAAACUAUCCCUACAAGACACUAUCGACCGUUCAGAAACAACAGAAUCCGUAUGGAGCGUCUAAGUCUGCAAGAUAUAGCAUUAGUUCAGAUGCAUCCCCCUCUGAGGUGUACAAAAGUGCGUGCUCAGCACGCAAGUCUUAUGUAUUCAAAGUCCCCCGCAAGGAUGAUACCUAUGGUCGAUUUGUAUGCAUGAGUGGAAGGCCUCUUAUAUAUUGCACUAACAAGUAUGUUCCGUCUCUAGAUGCCCAUAUUCAAUGCCUUCCGCCCCAAUUCCAAGGGCACCUACGGACAUCUGGACACUAUAUGUGCUAUAUAGACCCUGCUGCAGGAUCCAGAUACGGUUUAUCAGACCAAGGACAGACCCCGGAGAUAAGGUCUGCAACCGCUUAUCAAACUAAAGUACAAAACAUGCAAAAGGACAAUGACAGACGCCUGGCUGUCCUCAAUGACCUAGAGGUUCGCCUUCGUGAAGGUGGAGUUGAUUUUCAGGAUACACGUCUACCAAACAAGGAGAAGACUCUUGAGAUGCUUAUGAGCCCUUCAGACAUGCUAAAUGUUGAUAAACUAGGAUCAAAUAAGAUCUACUUGCAACAGGAAAAGGACAAAGCUCUAGCCAGCUCCUGCACCAGACAGCGUGCAGGAAUUGGUAUAGGUGAUGGUAGACAUAAUUGUCAGAUCUAUUCUCGCCUUGGUAAGUAA